AUACUUGACAUUGGCAAAUUGCUUGUUUGGCCAGACCGCCAUUAAAAUAAAAGAAGAAGAAGGUAAACGAAUGUGCACUGUGUGCACUACGCUUUAUAUUUAGGUUAGCCAAUGUCAUUCAAUAUGUUAUUUGACUAUGACUUGACACACUGACGUAUGUUGUGUCGUGCGUGAGACUCGUGAGGCAUCCGUCGUAUGAUAUUAUCAAAACACUGCAUUUAGUGAAAUAUUCUAGACUUGCGCUUAUUAAGAGCGCUCGUGAUUUUUGUGUGCUGUGAUUUGCUUUCACAUAAAAACUAAAUAUCAAAAUGGAAUUAACCUUUAAGGGAAAAAGAAUUUUAGUAACCGGCGCUGGACAAGGUAUUGGAAAGGGUAUAGCGAUAGAAUUAUGGCGUGCAGGGGCUAAUAUAGUUGCGGUAUCACGAACUAGAGCUCAUUUGGAAAAGCUGCAAGGAGAGUAUCCGUCCAUUGAUAUCGUGGAGUUGGACAUCGCGGAUUGGGAAAAAACUAGAACGGUUAUAGAUUCUCUUGGUCCUUUUGAUGCUCUGGUUAACAAUGCCGCUAUUGCUAUAUGCGAGCCAUUUUUAGAAUGCUCGCCAAAGGAUUUCGACAAGACAUUUGAUGUAAAUGUGAAAGCUGUACUUAAUGUUAGCCAAAUUGUUGCAAAGAAAAUGAUUGAAAAUAACAUCCACGGGAGCAUUGUUAAUAUUUCUUCCCAGGCCUCUAAGGCUGCUCUAAAAGAUCAUGCAAUCUACAGUGCCUCAAAAGCUGCUCUAGAUGCUCUUACCAGGGCCAUGGCCCUGGAACUGGGUCCCAAGGGAAUCCGAGUGAAUGCGGUCAAUCCAACGGUCAUCAUGACUGAAAUGGCUAAAGUGGGUUGGUCAGACCCUGCUAAAGCAGCUGAGAUGAAAUCCAAAAUUCCGCUGGGAAGAUUUGGUGAAGUGGCAGAAGUUGUGAAUGCAGUAGUGUUUCUCCUAAGUGACAGGUCCAGUAUGAUAAAUGGUGUUGAAUUGCCCAUUGAUGGUGGGUUCUUGGCCACAUAAGCCCUGAUAAGUUUACCAGUCGCCAGCUAGAUAACUACAUAUAUUAGGUACCAAAGAUAUACCUAUUAAGCAAAUAUUUUAUAAUUGUUGCCAUAUUGCAUUGUUUCCUAAAGGCUUGUGAUAAUCAACUAAAGAAGAAAUCUUACAUUAUGUAUAGGCGAAUAAGUUUUGGACUAGCAGUUAUGUAAGCGAAUAUAAUAUUUUAUUCUUGAUCACCUUUAAAAGUGCUUAUGAGUCUUAUGAUGUUAUGAAUAUGCCUUAAUCAUAUCAUUUGACAUAAGAAUUAAGUAUGGAUUUUUUUUCUCCAGUAACGAACAUACUUGUAUAACUUUUGUAUAGUAGAAAUAAGAAUGUACCUAAUCUAUGUUUUAAUGACAUUAAUAUACCUAUGUCAGAUAUGUAAAAUGUUUUGUGUUAAAUCUAACUACUUAGUUUCCUACUUAUACAAAGAUUUUUGAUAAUUACUAAAGUGCCUGUCUCAUUUUAAAGAUCUUGCGAGUAUACUCGAUUUACCUAUAGCUAAACAAUACCAUGCAAUUAUCAUAUAAAUGUAGGCACAAUACAUAUAUAAGCAAUAAAUGUGUGAAUCAACAGACUGACUGGGACAAUGCUAUGAAGCAAAAUAGUUGAUCCACUCAUAUUAUAAGUUUAUUAGUCUUAAAUGUGCAUUGUGCAAGCAAGGGACUAUUAAGUUAUGUAGCUUAUAUGAUAUCAAUAGGGUUGUUUCCAUCUACAAAUCUUAGGGCAGAAUUGUAUCCCAAUAAAUUCUUUUGGAUUAUAAGAACAUGUUAAACUACUUUUAGGGGACCUAUAAUGACUAUAUUUUUGUAAAUAUUGAAUUUAAAAUAUCUUUUGGCACACGUCACGUGACCAAACUCGAAACGUCAUUGAAGAUUCUGAUUACGUCACAACUCUGGGAUUGACACUGUUGACAGUUAGGCGAUAAACAACAAAUGACAAAUGUCAGUUGACAGUUCGUAUCUUCUACGUGUGUAUGUAGUUAUGUGUCAAACCGUAAACUGUGACGUCACACAAUUUUCAAAGCAUUUUGGGCGCGAAAGCAUCUGUCAAAAUAUAUUUUGUUAAUUUAACAUAUUUAAAACCGUUUUUAGUAUAAAAGUUGAAUUUUAGGGCAACUUUUAGUUAAUAUAUAACGUAAUACAAGCGUUUCAAAAAAUUGGAAACAACCCUAUUGUAAAGCUUCUUUUUAAAUAACCACAUAACAAUAUACUACGUGUGUGUAACUUUGUUUAUGAUAACAAGUUUGAAUUAACAUUAAACAAUAUCUGUAUUCAAAAUAACAAUUUAAGACCUAUUGUAUUUUAUGUUCAGGGAACUAAACUUAACCAAUAGGUUUAAAGCCAUGUGUAUACCGACAUGCACCGAUUGUUCAAUUAUAACAUUGAUUAUAUGAUCAUAUGCAUAUAAAUCAUUCAUAUAAUUUUGUUAAUAAAUCCAAAAAUCAAUUUUGUAAAA